AUGGCGGACCGUUGCAGCCCCUCACCUUCUGAUCCUUCCAGACACUCCCCUGGUCCUGCUUCUCUCUCCAGCACAGAGUCACGCUCUCCUCCGGCUCGCAACCUCUCAUUCCGGUUAGGAUCAGCUCCCUCGACUCAACCCCGCCAGAGCUUCAGUGAUUCUCUACGUGCUGUUCCAGGAUCCCCCCGAUCACGUCGACAGCCAUCUCUGACGCAAUCAGCCGUUCAGAGCCUCAUAGACAAUCCCCCGUCCGGAAAUGCGGCAGAUCCAGCGUUCUCGGGCCGUGAUUGGACACAGAUCUCGAUUGGAGAGCUAGUUAGCCCCUCGGAACUUCAGUUUGUAGAGAUGGAUACAGGUAUUGAAGAAGCUACUAAUCUUCUGAUUGACUCUGGCGCUGCUGUUCUCUUGAUUCGAGAAAAGGCUGAGGAUCGAACUGCCAUAAGUACAUUUGAUUAUGCAGACCUCAAUGCAUAUCUACUUCUUGUGGUGGGGUUGGUGCAGCCAGACGAGGAACAUGUCGCGUCGCUGAGGGAACUAGAGAGGAAAGCUAGAGAAGACAAACAGAUCCCUCUCAGGGAGGUGAAAAAUCUGGGGCUGAACAAACCCAUCACAACUCUCCCUCCCAGUGCCAAUUUGAUGAAAGCUGUUGAAACGUUUGGUGGUGGCGUCCAUCGGAUAAUCAUGGUGGAAGAGAAUAGUAACGAGGUUGUUGGUAUAUUCAGUCAGUGGCGCCUAGUCAAAUUCCUGUGGGAAAAUGGACAGAGUUUUCCGGUAAUUGAUCAGCUUUAUCCUCGGUAUUUGUCUGAUCUGAGGAUAGGCUCGCAGCAAGUAAUAUCAAUCAACGGAGACAAACCACUCUCCAAGGCUUUGGAAUUGAUGAACAGCGAAGGGAUCUCAUCUAUUGCAGUCGUUGAUAAUCAACAGAACGUCGUGGGCAACAUAUCUGUUGUUGAUGUGAAGCUAUUAACAAAAUCAACAUCCCUCCCUCUCCUACGUGACACAUGUAUACAUUUCAUAUCCGUCAUUCUGUCUACCCGCGGUUUGCACGAGGGUAAAGACUCAUUUCCAGUCUUCCAUGUUCACCCACAAUCCACCCUAGCACACACAGUUGCGAAACUUGUCGCGACUAAAUCCCACCGAAUGUGGGUGACUGAUCCCCAGUCCCCGUCAUCCUCAUCAUCAACCCCCCCGACGCCAUCUCACACAUCCAUUCACAUUCCUUCCUUGAGCAACCAAUCCAACAUCACCGCGCAGCUCCAGGCACCCAACUUGUCCACAUCUAUCCCCCAGCCCAACAUUACACCAGUAUCACCAAGCAGUGAUAAUAACAAUAACAAUAAUAAUAAUAAUAAUAAUAAUAAUAAUGCGAAUGCCAUCUCCCCUCCACCAACCUCUCACUUUGCUCAGCCUCAUGCCUGUGGCUCCCAACACAGCCCAUACCUGCCCUCGAUAUCAACGGCGAUCCCAGCCUCCUCACUUUCCGGCGCCAGGAUGUCAGGCCAUCUCGUCGGCGUUGUGAGCCUAACUGAUAUCCUCAACCUGUAUGCCCGUGCAAGCGGACUAAGCCCGGCGGACCCCAACGUAUACCGCAGCCAAAGGAGGAGAAGCAGUAGCUCUAGUCUAGGUAUGCGAAAAGCGGAGAUAUUAGGAGGGAUAUUCUAA